AUGGGGCAAAUUGCAACCGCUGUGACUGCACUUCAUAAAGGAGGAUUACCAAGCAAUAUGGAGACUAAUCCUCGUAGAGAAGGAAAUGAGGAGUGCAAGUCUACACCUAAGCCAGAAGUUGAUCAAACUGAGCAAGAUGUAUCUUCUACGCCUCCUAAAGCUAAAAUUGUGAGUGUUGAAGAUGACAUUAAGAAGGAGUCUUCAAAAGAGCUACCUCCUAAAUGCCAUGAUCCAGGUAGCUUCUCAAUUCCUUGUGUGAUUGGAGACAAAUUUCAAGGUGGGGCAUUAUGUGAUUUAGGCUCAAGUAUCAAUUUGAUGCCACUUUUUGUGUUUAGAAAAUUGCAACUUGGUGAAGCUAGUCCCACAUCAAUGACUCUUCAAUUAGCCGAUAGAAGUUUGGCUUUUCCUAAAGGUAAAAUAGAGGAUCUUUUGGUCAAGGUUGAUAAAUUUAUUUUCCCCAUUGAUUUCUUUGUCUUGGAUUGUGAUGAAGAUAGAGAUCUCCCACUCAUUGUGGGUAGACCAUUUUUAGCUACAGCACGAGCUCUCAUUGAUGUUGAAAGAGGAGAGAUCAAACUUAGAGUGAAUGAUGAAGAAGUUAGCUUCAAUAUGCAUAAAGCAAUGAAGUAUCCUGGCGAAUCUGAAAUUUAUUUUAAAGUAGAUAUUCUAGAUGAGGUAGUUCGAGAGACUUUAGAGUCUUUUGCUGUGAAAGACUCACUAUAUGCUAUAUUAUUGGGAAAUGAUGUGGUUAAAAAUGAUGAUAUUGUUGAAUGUAAGAAGCUUCUUCAAGCAUCUCCUUACUAUCUCAAUUCCAAAAGGGUAUUUGAAUCUUUGGAGCUAGAAUUUAGACAAGCUCCAUCCCUAAAACCCUCAAUUGAGCAAGCACUAACAUUGGAGCUUAAGUCUUUGCCACCUCACCUUACUUAUGCUUAUUUAGGUGAAUUUGAGACAUUGCCUAUUAUCAUCUCUUCUGCUUUGUCUGAUGAUCAAAAAGAGAGAUUACUAAGGGUUAUUAGAGAUCACAAGUAA